AUGUCUUUGUACAAUGACGGUGGCCUUCAAAUGCCACAAAACGAUCCCUUCUCGGAUUUUUCAGAAGUAUCACAACCAGGGACCGCCAACCCUGGUGGCGCCUAUGCGCCUCGAGUUCCACGGUCACAAAUUGCAAGACCAGUCAAUUAUACGUCUCAAAGAAGCCGCGCAUCAUCAGUCUCAGUUGCAGAUGAGAUUGGUCCAAUGGUGGCACCGGUUUCUCGGCCUGCUAGCCGAUCAAGUCGCCGGUCAUCGAUGCUGCCACGCCCAAGUACUGCUGGUUCAUUACCUUCAGUAUCUCCGGCACCGUCUGCAUCCCCACAAAUCCACACACGGUCUGUUCCAUCAUCACUUUCUACCGCUGAAAUUACCAGUCUACCUCCUUUGCCACCAACAUAUCACGCGCCACCUCCCGUCAAACGACCCCGCAAUGUGCUACGCCGGAGGGCUGCAACAAUAGGGAAAAAUGCGGACCCAACUCAAUCACGGAAACUUAGCCUUGUCAUUCCACCGUCAGAAUCAGAUGAUAUGAAAGACCCUCGAUGGCCUACCUUUGGGGAUGCGGACUCAGCCGGUCCGGCAGUGUCUUCGGCCGGCUCCAAAGAAUCGGAAACAUCGACAAUCGGGCCAGCAGAACUAGCAAGCCUUCGUACCAUUAUCGACACAAAAAAUCUUCCUCCGCCGGUUACACCAUUCUUUCCCUCUGCGAGCACUCCGUCAACUCGCUAUUCGGAAUCACCGGGGGUAUGGAGUCGUGGCUCAACGCCUACCUCGCUUUCUUCAUAUUCCCCUGGGAUCACGCAUCCAAGCAAGAUUGGCCGGCUGAGACAACCUAGUCCUUCCCAUACCCGAAUCCCUAUUUUUACUCCUCCAACUGCCUAUCCAAGUCCACUGAGCGCUUCGAGUGACAGGUCAGAUGCAAAAUUACCAAGAUCAGCGAUUCCUCAAAGAUCUCUUGGCCCGAGCCCAAGCCCCGGUGCCGGUACCAAUGCGAGCACUCAGAGCAAGCUCAGUGCCCGGUCUAUUCCAACAAAGAUUCAGGCAACUCCUCCAAUUCCGCCAGUAAGAAAGUCAUCCGUGAAUUUCAGUCCGUCAAAAAAAUCCGAGAUCGAUGUUGAACAGGCCAGGAGAGAAGUGGAGGAGGCAGAGCGAGAACUCUUCAGUUCUCAUACAACCCCUGCCUCCUUGACAACUGAUGCAAUUCUGCCAAAGACCCCGCCUCGACCGAGCAGAGAUGGGACACAUCAAUUGGAUUUAGAGACUUCUCCUGUGAUUCGCAGCAAUCUGCCAUAUCUGAAUUCCACGGGCCACAAAAGGCGAGAGUCUGCAGAGAGAGCCCUAGCCUCUGGCAGGCCUAGUCCAAUGCCAAAUCCAUCAGCCGCCACCUCCAUGGAUUCCGUACGCUCCAAGGACUUAUCGCGAAUUGCUUCGCGGGAAGCAGACUCUCCUGUGUUAUCUCGCAAAUCACCCAAAACACUGGCCAAGGAGCCUCCAAAGGACAAGACAGAUUCAAAGAAGACUGCCGCGCCGAAGCGUUUCGGGAUUUUCCCAAAGAAGUCCAAGCCAGACAUGGAUGAAGUCUCCGUCGACCCAACUCGACCUGCCCGCAAAGGUCCGGCCGCAGGAACCGGUCACGAAGGAUACGGCAAAUAUGGCCAACGCGGAAGAAAGUCAAGUGCUGGCAGUAGUGGCACUCGUACCAGAUCAACCAGUACAACUCGAAGUGGACCACAAUCUGUUGCUAGUAGCAAGGGAAGCAUGUCGAGUCGACCGGAUCUUGGUCUUGACGAUUUUCUCUUAAGUCGCUUGGAACCCGUCUAUAUUAGUGGCGGGGGAUUCGACGGCGCGACUCUUUCACGCAGCCAGAGCGAGCUGAGCAUGAGCAGUCUCAGCGUGACAUCUUCCAACCCCCCACAGCAGACAGCGCUUACAUCUUCUACCUUUCAAUCGACUGAGUCAUUGGCAACAUCGACUGGUACAUUCGGUGAAAAGACACCUAGCGAGUCAAGCACUACUUUGGCACUUAGUCGAACUAAGAGCCCCGAAAAGAAGGUUGUUGUCUCUGAGCGCCGUCACGCCCCCAUAUCACGCAUGCCAGUCCCCAAAGGCAAGAAGAGCGAGCUAUUAACCAAUCACGAAGCUGCUGCAACUAAGACAUCUCUCACUGGCCCUUACUUAGGUUCUGCGUCUACGCAGAAGCCAGAACCAACCCUGACUGAAAGGUCCAAUCGUUCUGCCAAGUCUCAAGAGUCCACAACACAGCAAGAGCAGUCCCCCAAGAAGGGAAAGCCAUCUCGAUGGAAUUUAUUCCAACGAAAUCGCACCUGUCAGCCCAACAAUCCGACUCAAACUCCCACGCCGGUCUCCCACGCCGGCCAACUUCAUGCUGCGAUCGCUCCUGUUCUCAACAACCGGUCUGUUCCACACUAUGCAUUUGUUGAUACAGAUUCAGACGAGCUCGACGACAUACUCAACAGAGUGGAAGCCUCUCCGCCAACAGAAGAAGAGGAAGUUCUUGUUUUGCCGGCUGUGCCGGCUGGCCUGAACAUCAAGAAAAGGCACACGUCCAUCUUGCUCCCAUCGCCACCUAAGCUACAUGGCGAGUUUGAGAAAGAAGAUCGUCCUUCCCCACGUACCGCGAUGUUCAACCGCAACCUGAUGGGCCCAGAGCCGGAGAGUAGCCCUGAAGACCGUCGUCCAAGACGGUUAGCAUCCGUGGGUCGAAUUCCUCCUGUGGUCUCGAGACGUGAUCGCCAGCACAAACCUCCCAUGCACUCAUUCUCUCGGCCGUUCAGCGUAGCUGAAUCCCCGUCACUCGUGGCCCCUACAUGGGAAGGAUCCAGCGAACACCCGAUCUCCACCGUGUCGCCUGGCAACCCGACUAGCCAGUCAAUGGAUUGGGGAUUUGGCCCCAGUCAAGCCUUCAAAAGUCCCGAAAGGGCUGCUUUGGACUUGCUGUCUGGUCCGUACUCGGGAAAUGAAUUUCUUCAAUUCUCUCCCCGCAACGGGUCUCAGUCGUCCAGCAGCUCGGGAGCCUUGGCGGCAAUUACAGCAGUUGUUCCGCCUCUUCAUACCGCACCCACUGAAGAUGAGGUCUGGAACGAGUUUGAUGAUCUUAUCGACCACGUUCUCUCUCCAGAGGAGCCAAAGUCUGAAGAGGCAGCUGUUCCGGAAGAGGAAGGGAAGUUCGAGCUUGCCAAUAUGGCACACAAGGCUCUGCAGGAUGAGUUAAAUAGCAAAGUUCCCCGAACGGCGAUUUCCAACCCCAACGAAACCUCGAUCCGUGACAGUGGUGAAUCCGUUCGUCUUCGACGUUCUCGGAUUGUCUCGGCUCUGCACUCGCCUCUCGUCCCCUCGACUCAGCCGUCUUAUAGUGAUCUCAUCUCCAGUUAUGGGCAUUUCAGCGACGAGAACCUGAAUAGCCCUUCUAUUAUUGUGAAAGCUCCCUUGGAUCAGAUUCGUGAGCAACAGUCUGAAUUCCUUCAAUCUCUGGCUACGGUGCCGACUCCAACCAAGUUAAAAUCAUCUGAUCACCGGAAAUCCAUCCCAUGUUCCGCGGAGCGUGAUUGGGAUGCUGUGACUCAUACAAACAUGCGAUCUGCUUCCCUGAUGACUAGCCGCUGGUUGUCCUUUGGACGAGUUCUAUUCAGUCCAGCUCACAACCACGUAAAAAGUGGGACGCAUGGGCGAAUUCUUGUGAUCGACGGGCUCGGUAACGAUGAUUGGUCUUUCUAUUGCUCAUUAACCUAUCCCGAUGCCGAGAUAUACAGCUUGAGUGGUAGACCAGUCUCCACUGCGCUUCCACAUCCCGCAGCAUGGCAACCUCCCACGAACCAUCACACAGUUUACCACGCCGGGCUGCACAAACCACUGCCUUUCCCAAAGGACUACUUCACCGUUGCCGUCUUGCGUUUCCCCGUCGCAAGUGCCGAGCAUGUCCAAAGGAAUAUCAUCCAGGAAUGCAAGCGCGUCCUUCGCACCGGAGGCUACCUAGAGAUGAGCAUUUUAGACCGCGACAUGGUGAAUAUGGGAGCGCGCGCACGCAAAGCCGUUCGGCGCCUCAAAGAACAGACCUACCUCUCCAACUCAGCCAUUAGCCUCAAGCCAACCAGUGACCUCGUUCAGCGCCUCGUCGGCAAUGAAGGCUUCGACAAUCUCCGCCGAUGCAUGGUCCGCAUCCCCGUAGCAGGAAUGGUUAUCCGAUCAUCCAACUCAACAACCUCCUCCUCCAAUCGCUCCCUCUCCGCAACUGGCACCACCGCCUCAACGGGCUUCUCAGCUCCCGCCAUCUCCGUCACAACGACAGGAAGCCAAAGCACAAACCCAACCUCGAAAUCCUCGCCUCUAGAAGAACAUCUAUCCUUAGGCGACCUUCUCUCCGACCCUUCCCCAUCCGCUGCAAAUGACGAGUCGAUUGCUAAGAUCGUCGCUCGUGUCGGCCGCUGGUGGUAUACGAAAUGCUACGAAAAUCCCGUCCUCCCAGAUACCGGCGACAACGAUCGUAGCAUGUGGAAUGAUCGCAAGGUGUUGCGCGAGUGCCAGAAACGGGGCAGUGGGUUCCGCAUGCUGAUCGCCUAUGCGCAGAAGCCUAGCGAGCCUAAGCGACGCACUGCUAGUGUCUGA